AUGCCUAAGGAGGAGGGUGGUUUGGGUCUACGGAGUUUGGAGAUUUGGAAUAAAGCUGCCAUGUUAAAGCACCUUUGGUCCCUUUGCACGGAUUCUGCCUCCUCUCUUUGGUGUUCUGGGGAUUGCUCUUGGAGUUGGGGGAAGAUUCUUGGACUCCGGGAUAUAGGGAGAGACAAAAUGAAAUACAGUAUUGGUAAUGGUAGACAUGUUUCGCUUUGGUAUGAUAAUUGGCACCCUCUUGGCCCCUUAGAGAAGAUUCUUGGUGAGAGGAUCAUUCGUGAAUCCAGAUUGAGCAGACUAGCUAAGGAGUCUCUUCGACUUUGCUGGCCUAAGGUGACUUGGUAUCACAUUGUAUGGUUCCCUAAAUGUAUUCCACGUCAUGCACUCAUCCUUUGGCUAACAAUUCUAGGUGGCAUCUACACACAGACAAAGCUUCUUCGCUUUGGUUUGGUAAAAUUUAUGUGUUGUGUGCUGUGUGGUUGUUCACUGGAGGAUUUGGAUCAUCUGUUUUUUGCUUGCCCAUUUUUUGAGCAUGUUUGGCAUGCUCUGCAUGUAAAAUGUAACUUGCCCUGGGUUCAACGGAGUUGGGCAGAUACUCUUUCUUGGAUGGAGCAGUUUCGUGGGAGGUCAAUGCAAUCCAUCGUCAUUCGGUUGAUGUUUGCGGCUUCGAUUUAUACUAUAAGGAGUGAGCGCAAUGUCAGGACCCACGGUGAGGCUCCUAAACACAAGCCUGCUGUUAUUCGAGAUAUUAUUUUUUCUGUUUGUGCACGGUGA